AUGAAAGACUUCACCGAAAUCACGCUUUGCCCUGACGCUCUGGACCACAGCAAGGGCGAAGAGCCCCGGGCAGCACCGAGCGCCGAGUGCCCGCCAGACGAGGAUGGGACCGGCCCCACGUCACCCCAGGACAGCCUCGGCCGGCAGCUCUGGCAGGCAGGCUGGCGGUACCACACAGACUGCAAAUUCACCUGGCUCUGUGUGUCUCUGAUGAGUGCCGUACUCCUCUUCCUCAUUGCUCUCUUGCUGGGCAUCAUCAUCCACCAGCUGACGUUUCCGCAGCCAGCCGGCACCCCAGCUGCAGCCCUGCCCGCUCAUGGCACUGCCGCUACCACUACAGCACCCACCCGAAGGGAGCCCUCGUCCCCCAAAACAGCUGCCACACCAACACAGAGCUGGCUGCCCACAGCUGGCACGCCAGCACCGGCCUGCGGCGGGACCUUGCAGGGCCCCGAGGGCUCCUUCAGCUCUCCCAACUACCCUGGUCCCUACCCGCCCGAUGCACUCUGCAUCUGGCGCAUCGAGGUGGGCCACGGCCUCGUGAUCCAGCUGAAGAUGGAAACAUUCAGUGUGGAGGGCACUGCCUCCUGCCUCUUCGACCGUGUGGAGCUCUACGAGGAGCAGGGGGCUGUCAGCAUGGAUCCUGCCCCAGCUCGGUGGGGCCCGACCAGGUUUUGUGGCAACAUGGCCCCCCCAACCUUCAACACCAAUUCCAACCACCUACGUGUCACCUUUGUCUCCGACAGCAGCGUGGGUGCCCCAGGCUUCAGCGCCCGCUACCGUGCCGUGGCCCCCACUGAGAAGAGCUGUGCCUGGAACGAGCACUUGUGCGACCAGGGGCUUUGCCUCCCCCUGGGCUUCAUCUGUGAUGGCUUCCACGACUGCGCAGACAAGAGCGAUGAGGCCAACUGCAGUCUGAAACACAAAGAGUGCGGGGGGCCGCUGACCGCCUUGGAGGGGCACUUCUCCACCCCGAGCCAUCCCCAGCCAUACCCACACCAGCAGCUGUGCCUCUGGCAGAUCUCGGUGCCCGUGGGCCACGUCAUCGACCUGCACUUCCACAACUUCAGCCUGGAGUCACAUGAGGACUGCAGCUUCGACUUUGUGGAGGUGCACGACAGCGCAGGCACGGGGGCCGCCAGUCUUAUGGGCAGGUUCUGUGGCCACCAGCUGCCACCCAGCCUGACCUCCUCACGCCAUGUCAUGACCAUUCUCUUCGUGGCAGAUGAGGGAGUAGCAGAUGACGGGUUCUUCGCCACCUACCAAGCCCGCAAUGCCACAGAGAAGACCUGCAGCCCCACAGAGUUCUCCUGUGGAAAUGGUGAGUGCCGGGCACUGGAGUCUGUGUGUGAUGGCUGGCAUGACUGCCCUGACGGCACCGAUGAGCUAAACUGCACUGGGGUCUCCUACCCAGCCUUUGGGUCUGUCUGUGAGCCCGUGGAAGUGGAGAUGUGCCUGGGGCUGGGCUACAAUGCCACCUCCUUCCCCAACAUCUGGCUGGCUAUCCCAGACCAGGACGGAGCCGCCGAGGUGCUGCAGGACUACCAGACGCUGAUGGAGCUCGCCUGCUACCAGCACCUCCGCCUCCUCAUCUGCAGCCUCUUUGUGCCCAAGUGCACCCCUGAUGGUGGUGUUCUGCAGCCCUGCCGAGCCGUAUGCCUGGCUGCCGAGCUGCGGUGCCAGCAGUCCCUUGGCCUCCUCGGCAUCCUCUGGCCCAUCAACUGCAACAUCCUGCCUGACUCCAAUGACCCCAUAGAGUGCUUCCAACCCUGA